AUGGACGCGGUCGCCAUCCCUGGCGGGGCGGCCGCGUUGCCGGCCUGGGUGGUGCUGGCGCUGGAGGCCGCGGCUUUCUUUGUGCCAGGCUGGGGCCCAGGGCAGGCGGCCUGCCCAGACCUCUCGUGCCCUGCCUGCCCAGCGUGCCCAGAGGCGGCGGCGUGCGCGGCCUGCCCGCAGGCCGCGGCCUGCCCGGCUUGCGAGCCGCCUCCCUGCGCGGCUUGCCCGGCCUGCGAGCCGCCGCCGUGCGCGGCCUGCCCGGCCUGCGAGGCGAGGGCGUGCCCGGAGGCGUCGGCUGGCGAGAAGGCGGCUGAGAAACUCGCUGGAGCGCUGCUUGGAGGCCUGGUGCACUGGCUGGUGUCGAAGUGGUGGACUAGAGCGCUCCCAGGGGAGCACGUGGUCUGCCGUUUCGCCGACGACGACGUCGACCACGAACGGGUGCUGCUGCACUACGUGGCGGAAGGCGAGUGGGUCGUCCUGACCCCAGAUGGCGACAUCUACGCUGAGGACAUGAGCUGUGGGGACCACGAGACUGGGCCUGCCCGAGCCUUCCCGCUGGCACUGCGGACGCGCAAAAUGCGGAGGCUGUAUCGAUUCCGUGAGGAGCUGGGGCCCGACGAGCUGGCCGACGCGUUGACGCGGGGCCGUCAGGCGGCGCUGGAGAUGGACGCUGCCUUGCCUGAGCCGAGGGAGGCCGUGGCCGUGGGCGGCCAGCGGGUCACCUGGCAGGAGGCUGCUGGUAAGCUGUCGGCCGCGGAGCGGGCCGGCCUGCUGCGCCUGGGCAUGGCCGUGGCUCGGCUGGGCGGGAAGCUGCUGGAGGCUCCUGGUGCGGGUCAGGCCUGGAUCGCCCUCAGCGGCGGACCCGGCGUUGCGAUCGGAACGGAGGUCGACGUGGCGAACAUCGAGGGCCUGAGCUUCGAGGGCGGGCCCGAGCCGUUCGGUGUGCUGAGGGCCGCCGACGGCGGCAUAGUGCGUCUCGCCCGGCUAGACGCAGGGUCGGCCCCUGGGCGCGUGGCCGAGGAGGCCGCAGUCUGGCAUGGCCUGGACAGAGGCCAAGCGCGCGCCCUGGGCCCCGAGCGCCGACGUGCUGCAGCCGCGGCGCCGCUCGAGGAUGAGGGGCCCGCCGGGCCCAUAGGCGGCGCGGCUACGCCCGAGCUGGCGCUGCCGCCCUUGGCGGAGCCGCUGGGCGAGGAGCGUGACGCCGACGCCCGCGCGCUCUGGGUCGACUACGACGAGCAGGGCGAGCGGUUCAAGCGAUGGCGGGACGUGGUAGGCGAGUCGAGGCAGGAGCGCUACCCAGACGCGAGCUGA